AUGUCUAUCCCCACACCUGCAGAGUAUGGCGAGUAUCUUGAGACAGAUGAACAGCUGGUAGACUUGGCCCUGGACAACAAUGUCUUCCUGUACCUGAGUCAGGCUGUCAUCGCUACAGACACCUUCCACACAGAGGAAUUCUACGUGCGGCGUUUGCACACCUUGGUGACAGACUUCCUGGUGCUGAUGCCGCUGAAGGUGAAGGAGCUGCGUAGUCAUGGCGACGAGGAGGCGCGUAUCCUAGCGCUAGCCGCGGCGGAGGGUGUGGAACCUCCCACAGACAUCAGGAGGGGGUUCGAACAUCUCAUGACACUGGUGAGGCUGGGCAUUCUUCUGGACUGUUCUUACAACCAAGUGUUUGUACCUAAGACAAUAUUUUGGUGA